UGGUAGCGGUACGUACGUGAGUUUAUGUCAAACCAAAGGGGAGAGCCGCCUCGGCUGUUGUGUGAUGUGUGUAUGUGCUUAUUUAUGAAACUUCAUCAGAAUUAAUGUAUUAAAGGCUCAACGGAAGCACGAAAGGUAACUUGGGUAAAAAAAUUCAGAAGCCCAACCCCCCUUUCAUUGGCAUCGGCAAGAUCUUGUCAUCAUGGUUGCAACAAGCACACUGAAGACCAAAAACGCCGACUGUAUAUCAGAACUGACCGAGCGAAGAUAUGACCAGGCCUGCAUUGAGAAAGAACUGGAUUUCUGGGAUCACUGCUUGGCUGAGCCUCUGUCGAACGUAGAUGUGAGCGAGGACCGGGCAUGUCAGCAGCUGGCUAAGAUGUUUGAAAACUGCCUGUCCCGCGCCAAGAAGACCACGCUGCACUGCUCCUCUGUGCUGGUUCCAGAGAAGCUGACGCGGCGGAUAGCCCGGGACGUGUUGCGGAUGGCGUCCGGCGAGCCCUGCGGUCUGCGCGGCUGUGUCCUCUAUGUGCACCUGGAGCAGGAGAAAGGGUGCAAGCAGCUGGAGCGCAUCAUCUACGACCCCACCGUGGUGCCCACUUUCGAGCUGACGUUGGUGUUUAAGCAGGAUCCAAGUGCCUGGCCCAGCCUCCGGGACUUUCUGUUCAUAGGUACCUGCUUUGCACCGGGCUUCAGGCACGUGCUCAAACUCAGUCCGGGCUUCCGGCUGGUGAAGAAAAAACUGUACUCUUCCUCCUCGGCUGGUACCGUUGUAGAGGAGUGCUGAGAUGGAAUCUUUUGGG